CGGGUGGAUCGAGGAAGAGCCUGUGAAGUCACUAUUGGAGCGCUCAGAUUGCCCACCCUUUCUUCCUUUUUCCGGUAUCGGGCCUGACUGAAAUUAAAAAUGGUUCAGCGUCUGACAUAUCGCCGUAGGUUGUCCUACAAUACAGCUUCCAACAAAACUCGGCUAUCACGAACCCCAGGUAACAGAAUUGUUUACCUUUAUACCAAGAAAGUUGGAAAAGCACCAAAAUCAGCCUGUGGUGUGUGCCCAGGAAGACUUAGAGGUGUUCGUGCGGUGAGACCUAAAGUUCUUAUGAGGCUUUCAAAGACAAAAAAGCAUGUCAGCAGAGCUUAUGGUGGCUCCAUGUGUGCUAAAUGUGUACGUGACAGGAUCAAGCGUGCUUUCCUCAUUGAAGAGCAGAAAAUUGUUGUGAAGGUGUUGAAGGCACAAGCACAAAGUCAAAAGAAUAAAUAAAAAGGACUUGGGUUCUUUUGUUUUGAAUGAUAAAGAAAAUUAAAAUGUGUUUGAGUGUU